AAAGAGGAAUGAAUUGCUAUAAGUGUUAAAUAAUCAAAGUGAAUUCUAAUAAAGUAGAAAAUCAUUAGCAUCUUUUUUUCUCUAUUAGGUAAUAUUAAACUAUGCGAUUUUGGAGUUAGUCGCAUAUUAGAAACAGUUGGUCAAGAAUUACUAACAUUUAUUGGCACAUAUAAAUACAUGGCACCAGAACGAGCACGAGGAGGUGAUUACAGUGUACAAUCGGAAGUAUGGAGUGUGGGUAUGACCAUAUUAGAGUUAGGCUUAGGAAAAUAUCCUUUUCAAAAAGAAAAAAGUACAGGGAUAGAAAAUCAAAAUGAGAAAAAUAUUUCAACAAUGACAAUGGGAGUACCAUUUGAACUUGUUCAAUGUAUUAUUAACGAAAUUCCACCAUUAUUACCAACUGAUCGAUAUUCAAAAGAAUUUUCCGAUUUUAUCCAACAGUGUUUGAGUAAAAAUCCUUCUGAACGUCCCACACCCGUUUCGUUAGUUCACAAUAAUUUAAUGAUCAAAUAUGAUGAUGAAGAUAAAACAGAUAUAGCCAAUUUUGUUAAUAAUGUUCUAUUCUGA